CAACCCCUGCCACACACACACACACACACACACACACAGGGUCCUCCCUGAGACGUGAUUGCUCGCGUCCUGAUUGAUCUGGAGAGGAGGUGUUGUCUUCAGAGGUUGAGCCAUUCUGCGCUCUGAUGCCAAGCGCACAUGGAGGACUGUGCCAAAGACUGCGCUCACCUGGCGAGCCCGCCGUCCACGGAUCUUGGAUUUCCAUUAUAACCGGACAACAACUGUUUUUACGACUUUUUAAAAGAACGAACACGCGCAUUUAAAGACUCGGAGUCGAUGUCGCCAGAGGUUGUCGUCGGAGUGAUCUCCUCACAUCGCUGUCUCAGGUUAAGUGGCACUUAGUUACCGCUUCACAACAGCCGAUACCAAUUUAUUCUGUUCUGAGAGGACAAGUGUGAGUUUGAACCGUUGAUAACGACCCGCGAACGCAGUGGGAACAAUACCUGGACUGCGGAGGAAAGUUUGGAGAGCUUCGGGAGCAUUAGUCCGAGUGUCCGUGAGAUGCUGCUGUGAAUGCGGGGCGAUGUCCCGACGGAAGCAAGGAAACCCACAGCAUCUGUCCCUCACACAGAGGGAGAACCGACCGACUGGGCCAGAUCAUGACGCAGGGGUGGACCAGUGCCCAUCGGACGGCUCUGUGGGCGGCGCCGGAGAGAGUGACCUGCUGACCUGCGGUCAAUGUCAAACCAACUUCCCCCUGGGAGAUAUUCUGGUGUUUAUCGAGCACAAGAGGAGACUGUGUCCCGGACCCAGCGUGUGUUUCGACAAGCCGACCGACUCCCCGUCCCCCAGACCCCCGCGGGUGGAAGUGUGUCGGAGGUCUGGGCCCGUGGAGGUUGGGAUCCAGGUCACGCCAGCAGAGGAGGAGGAGGAGGUGAAACGACUGACGCCCGCCAGAGGAAUCUGCCCCAAGCAAGAGGGCGUCCCAACAGGAAGAGAUGAGCCCUCCAGUUACAUCUGCACCACUUGUAAGCAACCCUUUUCCAGUGCAUGGUUUCUGCUGCAGCAUGCGCAGAACAUCCAUGGGAUACGCAUCUACCUGGACACCCACCCUACUAGCUGCUCGCUUACCCCUCGCUUGGCCCUUCCUCCUCCACUGGGGGCUGAUGCCUUGCCCCGUUCCCCUCUAGCCAGUUUCCUGGGUGAUGGGAGCAACCCUUUCCAACUGUUUCGCAUGGGUGCCCCGCUGCUAAGAGAGCCUCCACCACCCAGAUACAUCGACACCCGCUUGCCAUCCACCCCGCCCUUUGUAAGCCCUCCGCCACCCCGUCACCCUCUGGAACGCCUUGGCCCAGAGGAGAUGGGUCUUCUGUCCCAGCAUCCAAGUGCUUUCGAGCGAGUGAUGCGGCUGAACCAUCAAUCAAUGGGCAUUGAACCAUCCAUGGGCUUCGCUGACCGUCUCCGUGAUUUGGCGGGCAACAACAACAACAACGGUGGCCCGACUCCCCCUCUUUCUCCCAACCGUGUACCCCCUAUGCAUCGGCUGCUCAGCCCCACUCUCUUCCAGCCUGGCUCCAAACCUCUCCCUUUCCUAACCACACCCUCACAGCCGCCAUCAGUUCCAUCCAGAGGCCAUUCCUCAUCGCCACUAAAUCAGGUCGGCAAAGCCAAGUCCUGUGAGUUCUGUGGCAAGACCUUCAAGUUCCAAAGCAACUUGAUUGUGCACAGACGAAGCCACACUGGCGAAAGACCCUACAAGUGCCAUCUCUGUGACCACGCCUGCUCGCAGGCCAGCAAGCUAAAGCGCCACAUGAAGACGCACAUGCACAAGUCAGGCUCCAUGGGGAGCUCACCUGAGCAGGGAGGGCAAGACUCAGCUGGAGAGGGGCUGAAAAACACUGAGGACAAUGGCACAAGGGAGGGAUUGGAGAAUGAGGAGGAGGAGGAGGAGGAAGAGGAGGAAGAGGAGGAGGAGGAAGAGGAGGAAGAACAGCAAAAUGGGAGCAGGCCCGAGUCCAACCUGAGCAUGGACUCGGAGUUGAGCAGGAACAGAGAGAAUGGCCCGAGACCCUCCCCAGAGGAGAAGCCCCUGCUGGCCACGGACAGAGUGACAGAAAGCCAAUACAACAACCUCGACAAUCACUUGAGACUGCCACCGGGCAGCAGGCCAUGUCAGGAGAUGGACACAGUUUCGGCAGCCAGGGACGCCGACAGAGACCGGCGGCCCAUGGUGAAUGGCAGAGGCUGCGGCCCGAAAGAUUCCAUCUCAGCGAUGUUUCACCGGAAGCCAGUGCCUAUUUCCAGCUCCGGCCUCUCUGGGUCUACUGCCAAGAGGAUCAAGAUGGAGAAGGAUAUGGAGCAUCCGCAGGUGCCCGUCAUAUCCCCGGAAAACGUGUAUUCUCAGCUGCUUGCCGGUUAUGCUGCAUCCCACCACUUCAUAAGGGAGCCAUUCCUGAGCUUUACCGACUCCAGGCAGUCGCCUUUCGGCACUUCUUCCGAGCACUCUUCAUCCGAGACGGGCAGCCUGCGCUUCUCCACCCCUCCAGGGGAAAUUCUGGAGGGUGGUGGCAUGUCAGGGCGAAGUGGUAGCAGUACACCUCACCUCCAUCUGCGGGGUCCUGGGCCAGGGAGACCACCCAGCUCCAAGGAGAGUCGACGGAGUGACACCUGCGAGUACUGUGGGAAGGUGUUCAAGAACUGCAGCAAUCUGACCGUGCAUCGGCGCAGCCACACGGGUGAGAGGCCUUACAAGUGUGACCUGUGCAGCUACGCUUGCGCCCAGAGCAGCAAGCUUACCCGUCACAUGAAGACCCACGGGCAGUUCGGCAAAGAGGUGUACCGCUGCGAUAUUUGCCACAUGCCCUUCAGCGUGUACAGCACCCUGGAAAAACACAUGAAGAAGUGGCAUGGAGAGCAUUUGUUGACCAAUGAGGUCAAACUUGAGGAGUCGGACAGAGCUUGAGACCACUUUCCGAUGCACUGCAUUAUGGGUUUAGCUGGAUAGCCUUUUUCUUGACUAUAUUUGUUUUGUUUUGUUUUGUUUUGUGAAAACAAACUGCCACCUGAGAAACAAGAACACAGGGAAAUGUUAGUCUGCGGUUCUAAAAACGCUUCCCGCAUUUCCCAGCAACUAACAGAGGAGUAGUCCAUUAGGAAUUCAUGGAGCCUUUCUACUGUGCAAUAAUUUCUGUAUUUAUUGGAUUAUUUGUAAUGACACAUGGCAUGUGCAGGUACAUUAUCGAUGGGUUUCUAAUGCAUUCAGUUCCUGAAAUUAUAUUUCUACACACCCCAUCUUGUGAUAUGACAAAUACUGAGAUUUUGGCGGUCAGCCAGUUUUGUGUUUCUAGUUUCCUCAAAGGAAACAAAUGGGUCAUUUCUAAAGAAGAGGUCGACUUCUAAAAAUCUGAGAACGUUUUCAUGUUAUUGUUGCUGUCAAUGGCCCCCACUCAUCAUGGGUUAUACUCGGUAGAUAGACGUAAAGCACUGAAUGUCACUUUGACAAUAAAAAUAUUCAGCAAUUUUAAGGGUGUUUUAAUACAGCGGAUGCAGUCAGACUGCAUCCGAAUGAUUUUCUAUCGACGACAUUUUAAAUGAAAGUAAAUCAACCGUGCAAAUGACAACAAAAAAUGACAAUAUUUCCUCUACAUUAUUAUCUCUGUAUAUAAACAGUGUUGAGGCCGCCAGUGUUGCAUUCCUGACAUAGUUUUUUUUUUUUCACAUCCCAGAUUUUACUUUUAAAGAUGAAAAUGUUUACAUUCGCUCAAAUUAACAUCCAUUGCCAUUUCUUCCACCCUCACCUAUCUCUUAAUUGCGUUUCAGUGACGUCCAAACCUUGUACAAGGUCAAAUCCUUUCAUAUGUUAUUGGUAUUAUAAAAUGUUUAGUGUGCAGUCUUGACUAAUUCAGACUGGAUUUGCUUGUUUCAAAGUUUCAUAAGCUCAAAUUGGUGCAUUUACUAUUAAAUUAUCUAAGGGAUUUGUUCAUUCACAAAUGAAUCAACUCUGAAAUAAAGCCCAGGUGCUCACCUGAAGAAAUCCUAUGAGCAAACGCACACAGGCCAUUCAUUUGUAGCAGCGUUCUAUGCACCAUCCUGUGCGUUGUUGAAACUGCAAUCACUGAAUUGUGUUGGGACUCUCUGGAAGCCCUGGGUGACUGCCUGUCCUCUAAAGGAUCCUGGGAUUAAAUGAUUUCCUCAUUACGACCUCUGUUCCUACACACUGAAUCGCCUCCACCUGUCUCUUUUCAUCACCAGCUCAAAUUCACACGACCUCGGCAUACACCACUCACUAUUCACAACAUCCUGCCGUUUAUGUUCACGACUUUUUACAGUUUACAUAUUAUUUGUGACUCGAUUUGAAGAUAAGCUAAGGCUGCACAUGUUUCCGGCUCGAAAUUAGUCAGCGGGGCACAUCAUAAAGAACUGAACAACACAAGCAUGGGUAAUUUUUUUUUUUUUUUUUUUAAAUAUGGAUGCAUAGUUUAUCACCUACUCUUCAGAUACUUUGCAAACUGUCAAACCUCUCUUUGCGUAAAUGACAGGAAGUGGCCAUAACUUGAAAGAAAAUCAGGAGGAAAUGUGUAGUCAAGAAAGCAUGCUGAAUUUAAGUGCCACCAAUGGCUUUCGGAGACAGACGUAAGCAGACAACACGGACGUGCCUCAAAUUAAUAUUCAGCCUUUAUCUUCUGAUGUAGAUCUGACUCUUGCUAUACAGCGGCGGAGGGGAAAACAAUCCAUGAACAAACUAUCACUAACCAGUAUCAUUUGAAUUAAUUAAGAGGAGUCAAAUCAUAUAAACUUGUAAAGGAUAAUUGUCCACUCAUUUGGGAAAUGUAAAGUGUGCUUCAUUUUUGAGGGAAAGUCUUUAAGCACAGAUUUGUUCGAGAAAUUACAUUUCUUUACUGAUUUAUUUAGAUGGACUAGAGAAUUAUUGACAGUGGAAGUUAAAAAAAUCAAUUGGAUUUAAAAAAGAAAGAACUAUGACACUGUCUUUAAAUGAUGUUUACAGUGUUGAAGUAAGAAUACUGAGCUCUUCUGUAUAUGUGUUUUAAAUGAGACAAAUGUUUUGUCCUCUGUUUUUCUACAAUAUUGAAUAUCAUAGCAGGGUUUUCUCCUUUUUGCCUUUGUUUUUUUUUCCUUCCCCCUCCUUUUUUUUUUGGUGCAGGUAUUUCCGUAAAUUUCUAUGGAUAUAUGCGCGUGUAUGUUUUGUUCAUUGUUAAAUGCUCAAUGUAUUUGUAAUUUCAGUGGCAUUUUAUGAAAUGAUGCAAAAAAUCUUUAUAUUUUGCAGUCCAUUAUGAAAUUGUGAGUCUAUUCAAAUGUUUUGUCAAUAUAUCUGUUCAUAAUUUUGGUAAAUCCAUCCACAGGAGGAUGUAAAAAAAUAAAAUAAAAAUAAAAACAAA